UCUCGCGUCGAUCGACACUGGUAAAAUCCCCAUCGGCUCGUGCCGGCGCUCGACUCUUUGUUCGUCUGGAUUCCGGCGAGAAGCGAUGAUCUCUCAGUUCUUCGUGCUGUCGCAGCGAGGCGACAACAUCGUCUUCCGCGACUAUCGUGGUGAAGUGCCAAAAGGAAGUGCUGAAAUAUUCUUCCGCAAAGUAAAGUUCUGGAAAGAGGAUGAAGAAGAGGAGGCGCCUCCUGUCUUUAAUGUGGAUGGUGUCAACUACAUUCAUGUGAAGGUUGCUGGGUUGUUCUUUGUGGCAACGACAAGGGUUAAUAUUUCACCAUCUCUUGUUCUGGAGCUCUUGCAGAGAAUUGCACGUGUCAUAAAAGAUUAUCUUGGUGUUCUUAAUGAAGACUCGUUACGAAAAAAUUUCGUGCUUGUUUAUGAAUUACUUGAUGAAGUUAUUGACUUUGGUUAUCCACAAACAACCUCUACAGAGGUUUUGAAGUCAUAUAUAUUCAAUGAACCGAUUGAGGUUGAUGUUGCACGUUUGCCUCCUCUUGGUCCUGCAUCGAUGUUUAUGCAAGGCACUAAAAGGAUGCCUGGUACAGCUGUUACCAAAUCUGUUGUAUCUACAGAACCUGGUGGUAGGAAGAGGGAGGAAAUAUUUGUUGACAUUAUUGAAAAAAUAAGUGUGACAUUCAGCUCUAGUGGUUAUAUACUCACAUCAGAGAUCGAUGGCACCAUUCAGAUGAAAAGCUACCUAACUGGAAAUCCAGAAAUUCGUCUCGCGCUCAAUGAGGACUUGAGCAUUGGUAGAGGCAGUGCUUCUGUUUAUGAUUAUAGAAGUUCAUCAGGAGGGGCUGUAAUACUCGAUGAUUGUAACUUCCAUGAAUCAGUUCGCCUAGACAGCUUUGAUGUCGACAGAACUUUGACAUUGAUACCUCCAGAUGGAGAAUUUGCUGUAAUGAACUACCGCAUGACUCAGGAGUUCAAGCCUCCUUUCCGUGUCAAUGCAUUGAUUGAAGAAGCAGGACAACUAAAGGCUGAGGUUAUUAUAAAAGUACGUGCUGAUUUCUCGGCAAGUGUUACUGCUAACACAAUCACAAUUCAAAUGCCAGUGCCAACUCAUACAGCAAGGGUUAGUUUUGAGUUAGAAUCUGGUGCAGUCGGACAGACGGCUGAUUUUAAGGAAGGAGCUAAAAGACUUGAAUGGUGUCUAAAGAAGAUUGUGGGUGGGUCUGAACACACACUGCGUGCAAAGCUCACAUUUUCACAGGAAUCACAUGGAAACAUCGCCAGAGAAGCUGGACCUGUAAACAUGAACUUUACCAUACCAAUGUACAAUGCAUCAAAGUUUCAGGUAAGAUAUCUACAGAUAGCAAAGAAGUCACCCUCCUACAACCCAUAUCGGUGGGUGAGAUACGUCACACAAUCAAACUCCUAUGUUGCUCGCUUAUGAGAAAAUUCGAAGUUUUUUUCUACUUGUUAUUAUUAAGGUAUUGGAGAUGGAGACUUCGAUGAGUACUUUUUUUGGAGACGAAUAACUAGAGAAUAAAGUUUGUGAAAGAACCGAACUAUUAGCCCCUCCCCAACUUUUGCAGCAUGGUACCUGUUUUUUCUUCUCUUCCAAGUGUUGUUGUAUGUCAGGUUAGAGCGGUCAGGUCAGUAAAUAUGUCAUGACUUGCUCUGUUAACGAGCACUCAUUAGCAAAACUGACAGUGAAUUGUAUGUUUUUUUUUU